UCUUCACGUCGAGGCAUCGUUUCAGCACCAAGGCCAGGGCUCGCGGCUAGAACAAUAGGCGGCUCCGCGCACGGUGUCGCCUAGGCUACGUCUGAAAAGUAUCACCCGCAAACCAUCGCUCUGGGAAACCGAUUAAAAAUACUUAAACUGCUCUACAAAUUCGCUUUGUCGCUAGAAACAUUGCAAGUAGCAGUGGUAACAUUAACGAACUGUAGCUAUAAAUUUAAUUCAGUAAAUUGACGACGAUAUUCUAUUUUUUCGUGUGAGUACGGCGAGCAAAGUUAAAGACGGUCCCCGGGAGUUACGUCACAGGCUAGCAACCGCUUUGGUGCGAGGAGGGGGGAGGGGGAGAAAGAGAGUAGGGGAGAUACCGGUAAAGGACGUGAAAAGCCAUCCAGCCGUUGGACGGGUGAGACGCUGCAAGAAAACAGAAAAUACCGACAAUUUUAAGUGAGAUUAGUCUCCGUUGACGGUUGGAACAGUAACGGCUUGGCCGAAAGAGGCUGUUACAGAGUACAACCAAGUUUAAACAGUUGGAAGUUACCCGAAUUUAAGCAGCUGUUAGCCGUAAUCACUUUGUAAUUUAAUAGGAAUUAAGAGUGGACUUUCGUGGAAGUGAUAACCAACGAGCUAGGUCGGUGCACUCUGGAUUUCGAGAAGUCGAGAGGUUGGUUAAGUUUCAGUGGGACCGGUGACAAGCUGCGGUUUGAGCUCACCUGCCAGGGGACUCUCCUCCGAUACCUCCAGACCUGGAACACGGAGUUUUUUUCUGUGAAAACACAGCCGAGCCUAUAGUUGUCUGUACAGCGAGGAGGAGGAGGAGGAGGAGGAGAAGGAGCGAGAGUAGAACGGCAGGCACAAAGAGCGGAGAGCAUCCAGAGAGGGGAGGAAGGAGGACGGGACGGAGGGAGCGCGGCGAGGACAACAACGGGGACCCAACGGAGAGCAUCCCUCUUUAAUUUCUGAUCAGCACAGGCAACACUGUGCUCGUAAAACAUCAUCUGUAAACGGGAUCCUGAACGCCGUUUAUCCAUCAAAAGACUCGUCCAGCAGUUUCUCCUCUCCAGAGAUACCUUGCUCCUGAUCUGUUUGCCCCUCAGCCCCUGCAGUACCCAGUUGCCCUCUCCACUCUGUCCCGAUGAAGGAGGCUGAUGCCAUCAAGCUGUUCGUGGGGCAGAUCCCCCGGAAUCUGGAAGAGAAGGACCUCAAGCCUAUUUUUGAGCAGUUUGGCAAGAUCUAUGAGCUAACUGUGAUUAAGGACAAAUACACUGGCAUGCACAAAGGAUGUGCGUUCCUGACGUACUGUGCGAGAGAGUCGGCGCUGAAAGCCCAGAGCGCUCUACACGAGCAGAAGACGCUACCAGGGAUGAAUCGGCCAAUCCAGGUGAAGCCAGCUGACAGCGAGGGCAGAGGAGAGGACAGGAAGUUGUUUGUGGGCAUGCUGGGAAAGCAACAGAGCGAUGAGGACGUCAGAAGGCUGUUUGAACCCUUUGGCAGCAUAGAUGAGUGUACUGUAUUGAGAGGACCCGACGGCACCAGCAAAGGCUGUGCUUUUGUAAAAUUCCAAGGACACGCUGAAGCCCAGGCUGCCAUCAACAGCUUGCAUGGAAGCCGCACAAUGCCUGGAGCAUCAUCCAGUCUGGUGGUGAAGUUCGCUGACACGGAGAAGGAGCGGGGGCUGAGGAGGAUGCAGCAGGUGGCCUCCCAGCUCGGCAUCUUCAGCCCCAUGACCCUCAAUUACCCCGCCUACAAUGCCUACACACAGGCGGUCAACGCACAGCUUGUCCAACAGCAGGCCCUGGUUGCCCAGUCAGCAUACUUGUCUCCCGUGGCAACAGUUGCUGCCGUACAGAUGCAGCAGAUGGCAGCGCUCAAUGCCAACGGAAUCAUUGCCACGCCCAUUACACCCAUCACACCGUCCUCGGGUGCAAACACUCCACCAACUAUUGCAGCAACACCUGUGCCAGCCCUCCCUCCACCAAUAGGAGUGAAUGGUUACAGCAGUGUGCCAGCCCCAACCAAUGGACAACAAGCAACAGAAACACUAUACACUAAUGGUGUUCACCCAUAUCAAGCUCAGAGUCCAGCAGCAGCCCUGGACCCCUUACAGCAGGCGUACGCAGGCAUGCAGCACUACACAGCGGCGUACCCUGCUGCCUACGGAUUGGUCGGGCAGCCAUUCACCCAGCAGCCAACACUGGUUGCCCAGCAACACCAGCAACCCCAGCAACAGCAGCAGAGAGAAGGUCCAGAGGGGUGUAACAUCUUCAUCUACCACUUGCCCCAAGAGUUCAGUGACUCUGAGAUGCUGCAGAUGUUCCUGCCCUUUGGCAAUGUCAUCUCGGCUAAGGUGUUUGUGGACCGUGCCACCAACCAGAGCAAAUGCUUUGGAUUUGUGAGUUUUGACAACCCAGCCAGCGCUCAGGCCGCCAUCCAGGCCAUGAACGGUUUUCAAAUCGGCAUGAAAAGACUGAAAGUACAGCUCAAAAGGCCCAAAGAUGCCAACCGCCCAUACUGAGUGACAACUGAGAGAAGGAAGAAGAAAUUAAGAGGUGACCCCUCAGAGUCCAGCCGAGGUGGAAUUCCAGGGUUCAUUGUGCUUUCAGACUGUCUGCUACCUUUGAGCGUCCGGAGAGUGCAGCCACACACACACACACAUACAUACAUACUGACACACACCUACACGAAUACACAUGCACUCUCAACACUGAACCUCAAACGGUAAAAGGCUGAUAUACAAAUGUACAUAAAGUGCACAAACACACGCGCACACACACACACACACACACACAUUCGCCUGCCGACACUCACACAGAUACACAAGGUUUCAGUAAUCUUACCCAUACAGCCGAGAGCUUGGUUUGACCAUAGUCUGUGUGGAGCUUGCCAACAGGGUGUUUAAUACAGUUAAAGACAACUCAGACCAAGUGUGUAUGGAAGGUACUGAUGAAAAAUGCUGAUAUAUCACUUCAAUAGACUUUAACAUGUCUAUACCAUGUCUAUUACAUGACAAAUAUAGAGGGACCGAUGUUUCAUAAUAAAAAAAGAAAGAAAAUACAAAAAAGACAAUUAAAUGAGUAGGUUAGAGAGACUUUGGAGAAAAUCCUAAUGACCUGUAAAUAAUUUAGUUUACAAAGAGCAGCAUUUAAAAAACAAGAAAAAAUGCAAAAAGAAUACUACUUUAGAUAAACACUGAACAGGACACAGCAACAUUAUUAUUAUUAUUAUUGUUAUUAUUAUCAUUAUUAUUAUUAUUAUUAUUAUUACUACCACCACUAGUAACAUCAUCAUCUACAUAAAGGGAUAUUACAUUCCAAAUUGUACAAUGGGAAAUCACUAACCUAUUUUAAAUUUCUACUUAGAUUUUAGGUGAAACACGGGGGAGGGGGGAUUGCACUUUUAUUCGGGAGGUUUUAAUAUUUGAGCUAUUUUUUAUUUAUUUACUAAUUUAUCAAUUAUUUUGUUUAUUGGGAGAAGGGGUUUGAGUGGGUUGCAAUAUUUUCAUUUUAGAAUUUUCUAGAAAAAACCUUUUGAGAGCCUGUUUCUGUCAGACUCUCGCAAUCGAGUAAUUAUAAUGUAUGUAUUAAUUAUUACAGCAAUUAUAUUUAUUUCUAAUUUAUUGAAUCCUGUUUUUGAUCCACUCUCUUUUUAAGUUAAAAUAAAAAGUAUCAUACUAAAU